AUGGAGAACGGGGAGCAAGAUCUCCUUGAAGAUGGGGACUUGGAGGAGGAUACAGCAUUGGCCCUCCAGCGUCUUGUUGACCUCACAGCCAAUAUGGUGGCUCCUGUUCGGACCCUGAGAUCCUGCUACCGACUGGUCCAGGAGUUGGGUGCUGGCACCUAUGGCCGUGUCCUCCUGGCCAGGCCCCGUCGAGGGGGUCCCCCCGUUGCCCUGAAGCUGCUCCCACGGGCCUCUGCAUCCUGGGCCACUUUCCUUCGAGAGUUCUGUGUGGGUCGCUGUGUCUCCUCGCACCCGGGCCUGCUUAGCACCCUGGCCCCACCACUGCAGAGCCCUCACUACUAUGCCUUUGCCCAGGAAUACGCACCCUGUGGAGACCUCAGUGGGAUGUUGGAGGACAGGGGCCUCCCGGAGCUCCAGCUGAAACGAGUUGGGGUCCAGCUGGCUGGAGCCCUGGACUUCCUGCAUUCCCGGGGCCUUGUCCACGCAGAUGUCAAGCCUGACAACGUCCUGGUCUUUGACAGAGCCUGCCGCCGAGUAGCCCUGGGGGACUUUGGGCUGACCCGGCCGGAGGGCUGCCCAUCCCCUGCCCCACCAGGACCCCUGCCCUCAGCACCUCCUGAGCUCUGCCUCCUUCAGCCCCCUGAUACCCUGGCCCUCCGGCCAGAGCUGGACUCCUGGGGGCUGGGAGUAUUACUCUUCUGUGCUGCCACAGCCUGCUUUCCAUGGUCUGUGGCCCUGGCUCCUGACCCUGGGUUCGAAACAUUUGCUGGCUGGCUGACAGCCUCUCCCCAGCCAGCCCUGCCACCCCAGCCCUGGGCCCAGUUCUCCCUGGCUGCUCAGACCCUCCUCCGGGGGCUGCUCGCCCUAGAGCCAGAGAAGAGGAGCCUUCCAACAGCUGUGCUGGACUGGGCAGGGGAGGCCUGGAUGGUGGAGGGGGCCAGGGCAGAGGAGGAAGAGGAAGGCCAUGGGGGAGGAGGGGAGGAGGAAGGCACUGGUGGGGAAGAGGAGGCCAGCUUAGAUGAGGGGUCAGAGGAAGAGGAAAGAGCUCGGCAUGGGACAGGAUCAUAGAGCCAGCCCAGGGGACUCCCUGACCAGGUGGUGAGGCAGGUGGUCUGGGCCAUAGCCAAGUUCCCCCCCUCACACCCCACCCACGGACAGGGGCCACCUGGACUGCAGAGACAGCUGGUGUGGGGAGUGAGGGGGGAGAUGAAAGGUGACCUUUCUCACCUCCUCCUGAGGCCUGGCCCCAGGUGGUUGGCUCCCUCUCCCUGCCCCCUUCCAAGGACUCAGGUGGAUGGUCCCCAGUGCCUGCCUUCCUGGGGCUCCAGUGACUCA